CGGCAGUGCCAGCAACGCCGCCCGCGCGCCAGCGCGCGGCCAACGCGGCGCGACGCGGUUGCCCGUUGGCCGGAACGGAUCGGACACGCCACGCGGGCUAGAGCUCCCCCUCGGAGAAACCGAUAACUAUGCCGUCGCCUCGGCAUUGGAAGCCUCCCCCCCUGCUCUGUCCCGAGUUGCGGACCGACUGGCGACUGGCGAGGCAGGGAGAUGGGAGCGCGGUAGCGGCUGGGGGAGAGAGCAAGCAGGAGAGGCGCGCGCGCGAUUCCGGGGGUCGUCGCCGGUUGGUCGGGGGUUUCGAGGUCGGACUCCCGGUGGCCGCUGCGAGGUAUGCACGCACUUCAAGUGCUCGAGCACAACUAGUAGGAUGCCGUUGAAGGCAUCGCGGGUAGAAAUUUGCCUGGGUCAGUUGCUUGUGGAGUUGAGGGUCACCGAUGUGUGCAUCGUGCAAGGUGUAUGUUCUUGCUGGUUUUCAGGAUAAUUCACUCGUAGGGAUAGUUCUGUAGUCUGCAAUACGGCUGAGGAAUUUUAUUUCAGGGCGACUGAGAGUACGGUAGAGAAUUGAGAACACAUGGAGCAUGACCAUGUCGUACUUGUUUCAUCAUUUUGUUAAGUUUUUUAGAUCACGAAUUGGUAGAGCAAUGUUUGACAAGGUCAUGCCGGUAGUUUUGUUUAUGUUUUCCUCUCAUCUACUCUACUUCCCAAUUGCCUUUGGAGGAUCUGCGAUAUCUCGUCAGUUAGUGGUAGGCACAUGAUUUUGUGCAGCCAGUAAAUUGGCAGAACUGGGACGAUGCAUACUACUUAGUAUAGACUAUAGAGUACUCCUUCUGUCAUUAUCUUUGCAUAUUAAAUGGAGUUACCGUAUAGCCUCUCAUUUGGUCCGGGUAACUUGUGCUUAGUUGUGCCUGCUUAUUUUCAUCAUUUGAUUAGCCCCAAAAAAAUCUUGCGAACAUGAUGAUGAAUUGGUAGAGUAAUGUGCCACAAAGUCAUGCCGGCAAUUUUGUUUAUGUUUUCCUCUCAUCUACUCUCCUCGACUCCUCCCCAAUUGCCUCUGGAGGAUUUGCAACAUCUCGUCACUUCAUGGUAGCAGACGACUUUGUGCAGCCAAUUAACUGGGACUGGGGCGGCAUACUACUUACCAGCUACAGCCUUUCAUCGUCUUAUAGAAUAUUGCAUAUCCGGGUAGAUGGUUUAUGUACUUCUGAAACAUCCUGCUGUUGGCAUUCUGAGUUGCUGACAGACACUAGCAUGUAAAAAUGAAUAUGCAGAAAUAAAGAACAGCAAUGGCAUCUACGGAGCCACGGACGGUCUUCCUCGCCUUCAUCGUCAUUCUUGUGGUGGUCAUAAUAAUCCUCCUUGGUAUUUGCUGGAAGGUCCUCAAACCAGAUCUCAUGAGGAAAUUGAUGCGGCCAAGGAGCCCUGGUUCAGAGGUGCCAGAGUACUUCAGCGGCAAUAUGAGUGGAAACCUCCGGACGAUUACAUACUUCGAUUAUGCUACGCUGAAGAAGGCCACGAGGGAUUUCAACCAGAAAAACCAGCUUGGCAGAGGAGGUUUUGGGCCUGUUUAUUUGGGGAAACUAGAUGACGGUAGGAAAGUUGCUGUGAAGCAACUCAGCGUCGGCAAGUCUGGGCAGGGCGAAUCAGAGUUCUUCGUUGAAGUGAACAUGAUCACAAGCAUCCAGCACAAGAAUCUCGUUCGCCUGGUUGGGUGCUGCUCUGAGGGAUCCCAACGGCUGCUAGUCUACGAGUUCAUGAAGAACAAGAGCCUGGACAAGAUAUUAUUUGGGGGUGAUGGCGCACCGUUUCUGAACUGGAAAACCAGGCACCAGAUCAUUAUCGGCAUCGCACGAGGCUUGCAGUACCUUCACGAGGAGUCGAACCUGAGGAUCGUUCAUCGCGACAUCAAGGCCAGCAACAUCCUCCUAGAUGACAAGUUCCAGCCCAAGAUCAGCGACUUCGGCUUGGCCAGGUUCUUCCCCGAGGACCAGACGUACCUCAGCACUGCCUUUGCAGGCACGCUUGGCUACACUGCGCCUGAAUACGCCAUCAGAGGGGAGCUCACGGUGAAAGCCGACACCUACAGCUUCGGCGUGCUGGUGCUCGAGAUCAUCAGCAGCAGGAAGAACACGGACCUAUCCCUUCCCAACGAGAUGCAGUACCUUCCUGAACAUGCAUGGAGGCUCUACGAGCAAUCCAAGACCCUGGAACUUGUCGAUCCGAAGGUGCAGGCCGACGAGUUCGACGAGAAGGAGGUGCAGCAGGUGUGCCAGAUCGCGCUGCUGUGCGUGCAGCCGUACCCGAACCUGCGGCCGGCGAUGUCGGAGGUCGUGCUGAUGCUGACGAUGAAGAGCGACCAGACCAUCCCCGCGCCGAUGAAGCCAGCGUUCCUUGACCGGAAGAGCCUCAAGGACAAGAACGGCACGUCGGACACGGCGAUGGAGAUGCGAUCGUACUGGCUCAACACGCCCUCGCCCAUGGUCGACGACAGGCCAUACGACAUGAGCUAUGGCAUAUAGCUAGUGACGCCACCGCGUUUCUGAUGCCCCACGGAUACCAUGCGAGCAAGAUGAGUGCACACUGUGAGUGUGCGACGAUGCCGGUAAGAACUGUUCCAGGGAUUCAGGGGCUCGUGUUUUCAGCAACAAAAGUGUAGUGAAUCGGACACAGUAUUGUAGGACACUUUUUCGGCGCGCUCUUAGUUUUGUACAAACUCGUGCUACACUGGUCUAAAGAAAAUAAUGAGCGCUGUAUAUUACGAUAACAUGAGAGCGAAAGAUUUGCAGUUUUCGUUCAAAUAUGGAGUUUACACUCUUCCUGGAGGACUGUGAAUUUACGGUGAUUGAUCGCUGUAUUAAGCAAGUUGAUCACCGUAUUAUGCAAAGUGAUCACCUGUCACAAGAUCAUUAGGCUAACCGUGUGGUGUUUUUGCUUUCCACGUUCCGUUAUCCAAAGUUUGUUUGGGGGGUUUCAUGUAAUAAUUUGACUGUAUAGCACUGUUUAAUUGCCUUCCCUGUAGA